AUGUAUUUAUCCGCACAUCAAGCAACUAAGAAACUUGAUAUCUCAUCAGAUACCUUGCGUCGUUGGUUAAAGCAAGGAAAGAUUACUGCUAAAACUUCUCCUUCUGGUACUCGUCUUUACAACAUAUCUUAUAUUUUUCCAGAGUUGACUUCACAAAAUGAUAUCCUUGCGAUCACACUGUCUUUAUCUGUCGAAUGCAAGGAAAAAGAGCUGCCCUACAUCGACGAGAACGUCAAAACAGGCGAAGUAAGCAGGAAGAUGAAAGCCAGUGCAAUAAGGGCACGCACUAAACGAAAACGCUCAGAAGUAACUCUCAAUCGUACACUACAAGUCAAGGUGUACCCCAAUCAUUCUCAGAAACAAUUAUUGAAACGUUGGAUGGGAUUAGCGAGGUUUGCUUAUAGUUCUGUAGUAAAGUGGAGUAAAAGUGAUAUCGAUAUCCAAGCUGGAAUAAAUGUUGACAAAGUAAAUGAUAAGAAACUUAUCAAUUCAGCUAUUUGGGCAAUUGAUGAGGCGUUAACUGCUAGAAAUGAGGUUAUUAAGCGAAAUAUCCAACAUGCACAAAGUGAAUCUGUUAGUUCUUUAUCAUUUCGGACUCGUAAAGACCUACAACAAACUGUUACCAUUCGUGCUCAAAAUUUUUCAUCUACCGUUUUUAUUAACAAACGUGCUUUAUGGACUUUGCAUUUUGAAAAAAAGCGUAAAAAUAAUAAAUGGCCUAUUCCUCAUAAGAUUUCUUGCGAUAGCAAGUUUACUUAUUUUCGUCAAACAAAUGAGUGGAAACUCGCAUGGGUUUAUGAGACACAAAAACUUUUCUGCGAAACACAAGCGGGAGUUCGUGUUGUUUCAAUUGAUCCAGGAGUUCGUACUCCAUUCACAUGA